GUCGGUUGUACGCAGACGACUCUCGACUAAACCGCAGUGUCGAUUACAAGUGAUAUCUCUGUCCACUGCAGUGAGUUUUAUAUUGAAACAGAGAUACACAGUCAACUUGGAGGACAAUUAAUGUCAAUGGACAUAUGACCGUCCAAGCCCGCAUUAACAAACACCGCGAUAUAAAUCCAGUUUCAUUUACCGAUGAAGACAGGAGUGAAACAGUUUUUGAGACAAUAGAAAUUGAACGUCCGCUGAAGUAUGUGUCAACGCCUAUUCGGCCAAUUCGUUUGUCGCCAUCGGUUUCUUCAUCUACCAGACGAUACGGCUGCGUAUGGCCUGGACCAGAGUACCUUGUCGAGGAGAAAGAGGAUAAAAAUGUUUUCGAAUCGAUAGAAAUCGGAAGUCCGUUGAGGAUGACUCCGUCAUCUUCGCCUCUUCCGAUUCGUUCACUGCCAUCUUUGAUUCCUUCAUCGGCAAAACGAUACGACUGCGUAUGGCUCGGAUCGUGGUGCACUCUUCAAGAGGAGAACGAGAGAUAUUUCGAAUCGAUGGAAAUCAGGAAUUCGAGAUACGUGUCAGCCCCCACACCCUCGCCAAGUCACUCACCGUCUCCAAAAAUAAACCACAUAUACAUCAAUCAAUGGGACAACGUUCGGAUCGGACCGGCGUGCAAUGUUGAGAAAGAAGAGGAAAAUGUCUUCGAAUUUAUAGAAUUCCCGUCAAUGCCAGAACGCCGGCCGGAACGGCAACGUCCUAUCCCGGAGACGCCACCUUCUUUACCCCAACGCGCAAAUCACCAUCGAAUCUCGAACAUUACGGAAUCCCAUCAUUUCUCGAGCCACCAGAGUACCACCAAAGUGCUCUUACUGAUCAGUACUGUCUUUAUAGUGCUGAAUUUGCCCAGCUACAUCAUCCGUUUAUGCGUGUUCUUCCUCACCUGGGCGGAGAAGGAGACGCCGGCCUUGCUAUGGUGUUUGCAGCAAUUAUUCAUGCUGCCUUAUUACACCAACUUCAGCAUCAACUUCCUCUUGUACGCGAUGUACGGCGUGGCCUUCCGCAGUUGUCUACGAACGAUAUUGCGGAAAGCGAUGAAGUGUGAGGAAGCAUCACAGAGAUUGAAAUAGGUUUUCAUAAUUUGCGUUUUUUCCUCCUAACGACCCAUCAAUAAUGUUCUCUUUUGACAUCACGCAUUUCACGAAUUUCACAUGCUUUUUAUCCAAGAGAAGAGAAAAAAUGAAGCCUAUUUAUACACUUAUAUGCGUGUAUGUAACGUGCAUUAAAGAUUAUUUAUAUUAACUCCACUGAUUGUAUCUAUAUUAUUAUUUAUAUUAUCACGUAUAUUAUAUGAAUUAAUAUUAACAACACUAUAUAACAACUCUCUACAUGAUAAUUAUAACUAUAUAACUAUAUGAUAUAAAUAAUUAUAACUAUCUCAUUAUCUAUGUGACUUGUAUUACGCUUAGUUCAUUUGAAUUUGCAAGAAAUUGGAAUUGUAAAUAAUAAUCGCUUCUAUACAUGAUAGACAUUUAAGUAAAUAAAUUAUUG